UCGGUGGGCGGGGCGAUGGAAGGAACAGAGGCGUAGCCCGGCUGAGGGCCGGCGCGGGCUCAGCCUUCAAGAGCCGCGGGAGGGGACGACCGCUGAGCGCGUUAGGAGGCCGUUGCUUCUCCGAGUGGCUCUCUUUUGGGUUCGGUCGGGUGUCGGCAUGGCCCGCGGAAAUCAGCGAGAACUUGCCCGCCAGAAAAACAUGAAGAAAUCCCAGGAAAUUAGCAAGGGAAAAAGAAAAGAGGAUAGCUUGACUACCUCUCAGAGAAAGCAGAGGGACUCUGAGAUAAUGCAGCAAAAGCAGAAGGCAGCUAAUGAGAAGAAGUCUAUGCAGACUAGAGAAAAAUGAUGACUAUUUGGAAAACCUGGGUGCUACUGCCAACAAGGUGUAUCAUAAGCUCUGAUUAAAAUUUUGUGGAGUAAGCAGUCCUAUGUUACAACAUGUCCUUACAAAACUAUUUAAACUUUACCUCUCAGCCUGACUUAGUGUGAUGUUUCAGAACCAUUCUUCAAAGAAUAAAACAAAAACUAUGCAUGAGA